CUCGUCAACCCCCGCGAUCCCGCGACUGCGGUAGAUCUCGACGAUCAUCUCUUAUCUCACGAUCUCUCACGAUCUCUCUCUCUCUCUCUCUUUGAUCUCUUUCUCACUCUCAUUACUCUUCACCAAUAAUGUCAGAACCACCGCCACAACAUCCACCAUCAUUAACCACCCCCCUUCAUGACAACCACGCCCGCUUGGCAACCCCUCCUCCACUCCCGCCCCGUCCACCACGGACCCCGCCCCUCGCCAUCAAGCGCCGCGACAACCCUUCCCCUGCGCCCGACACCAACGGUCAGCCUCCCCUGUCAUCACAUGAUGUCGCCGCCAUCGCUCUGGCAAGGGCCACAGGGAGCACUCCGGAGAGGCAUCCCAGUCCUCGAGCCGCUGCCGCUGGCGACGCCUAUCUACAGCCAACAUCAUCCCAGGUUCACACUCCUUCUCCCCUCAUCAAGCAAGGUGACACCUUAGAUGUUCACAAGGAGCUGCCCACUCCCCCGCGUCAGUCCCCUCGCUUGCCAUCUCCGCGCCAACCAUCGCCCCUGCGAAAUCCACCUCCGUUGCCUCCGCGGCAGAACACUCCUUCACUGGACCAGCAUGUCCGUGUCCCCGACGACAAGCCGCCUGCGCAAGCUGCCACAGCUAUACCCGUCACCCCUGUCACUCCAGCUACACCUGAGCUCUCUGCUCAGUCAUCCCAGCACUCCUUUCACCUCAACGUACCCUCAACAUCCGACCACGAGAAGCGUCGCCCACAACGACUCACACUUCGUGAACGUGCCGAGGAGAUUCAGUCCAAGGCCCUACUGUACGCCGAACAAGGCGAUCCACCUCCCAUUAUCAAGGACACGAUCCUGGGCAUAUCACCGUUGAUGUGUGUCGGCCUCGCCGUCAUCGUUCUCCUGAGCGUACAUCUGUUCGGAUGGUACGCAUUCGCCCAGAUAGCAGCCUUCGGCUUAGCGCCUGUUGUUGCGCUCUGGCUGCUUCCUCUCCCCACGGCGGCGAAACGAGAGCCUGCGCCUGCCCCGCAGCCCGCCGAUAACGUGGGAUGGAUCAAUCAUACUUUGCGCACACUGUUUCCCCUGGUCUCGACCGACGUGCUCACUCCCUUUGUGGACCUUCUCGAGGACGCCCUCAUUCAGCAGGUGCCUCCCAUCGUGACGUCUGUUCGCUGCGCCGAUGUGACGCUUGGGCGCGAGCCGAUUCAACUUACGUCGCUUCGUACAAUCACCGAUGACGAGUGGUUCGCAAGUAUCACUCAGGGGCCCUCCUCAAACGGGAGAAGUCACGCGCGUACUCGCUCGAACGCCACACAUUUGUCGGUUGAGCAAGAUGCGAGUGCGGCCGGCGAGACCACCCAAGCGUCCGACUUGAGCGACUUUCACCCAGGUACCGCGAGCGACGCAUCGAGCACGAGGAAGGGCAAUCACAGGCGAACGGCCUCGGGAAUUUCAAGCAAGUCUAACAGGUCAAUCAAGUCUGCAAAGUCUACAGAGUCGCUGGGAGCUAAAAGUCGGACUGCCUCAAACUCGGGGCGUCCCCUCUCCGGCUCGAGUCAAUUCUCGCAGGGGAAGGAGACUGCCAAGUUGCGUAAAAGGGACAUGAUUGCGCGGCGUCUUCGUCGCGGACGUCGCCGUCAUGUAGACUGCCCUGAAGAGUGCGAUGUUGAGUGCGAGGACGAAGACAAGGCCUUCUACAGCCGCCAUGAUGACGACGAGGGCGAAGGAUUCUACGUCAAUUACGAGGUUUCGUUCAACUACCGCAGCACGCGCGAGAUGAGCAGGAAGGGUACCGGGCUGCAUAUGCUCGCGUACUUUGGCUGGGGUGUCAAGGGGCUCGGCGGCUCCGAGAUUCCAGUGUUCAUCGACGUGCUCCAACUGAGCGGAACGCUACGGCUGCGGCUCCUCCUCAGCCCAUCCCCGCCAUUUGUGCGCGAUGCGCUAUUCACCUUCGUCAAAAUGCCCGACUUUGAUAUUUCAGCGCGUCCACUGCGCAGCUUUGGCUUCGGCUCCAUCAACGCCAUGGAUAUCCCGCUCCUCAAGACAUACGUCCAGAAAUCGAUCGCGCAGGUCGCAGGAUCGUUCGUGUCGCCGCUGCACUACCACCUUGACGUCGAUCGCCUCUUGCUUGGCAAGGAUGCGGCAUUGCAGACCAGCGCCGUCGGCGUACUCUACAUCAUCAUCCAUGGGUGUGAUGACCUGCCGCGCACCGACACGAUGGGGUCAUGUGAUCCGUAUGUCGCCGCGUCGUUCUCCAAGUUUGACAAGCCGCUCUACUCGACCCGCACGGUGGUUAAUUCCCUGGACCCGCUGUUUGAGGAGUCGGCGUUCCUUCUUGUGUCGGGCGAGAGCAUUGAGGUAGGCGAGCAACUGUUGCUCAAGGUGUGUGACUCGGACCGAUUUUCCGUGGACGACGCAAUCGGGCAGGUCAAAGUCGAUAUUGCCGAUAUCAUCGAGCAAUCUGAGCAGGCUGGACCGGGAUACGAGUUGUUCCGACGGCACGACGACCUUGAACCUGAGCAUCCCGGCAUGCGCGUACAGGGUCAGAUCGACUGGAGCGUGCGUUUCUUCCCACUGUGGAAGAUUCCCGUGGACGAGUUCCACCGCCGGCUCGAGGCGAUCAAGGACCGUCGUGGUGAAGGCAAGACCGUUGCACCGUGGUGGCUACAGUGGCUUGACGACUGGAUGGAGAAGCCUGAGUGGGAGACAGAGCGCGCCAAACGCCGCAAGGAGAUGGUCGAAUACAUUACCGGUGAGCGGCAGCGUGAUGAAAUAGAGGCGGCCAUGCCACCGACGGGCGAGUUCCCCUCAGGCGUCCUCCAGUUCCACGUGCACCAGUGCGCAGAACUGGAGAUGUAUCCCGACUCCGGCUCAUUCUCUGGUAGCAACAUCAGCCGUCGCAAGAGCGCGGCGUCAGGCAAGCCAGCGCUCAGCAACGUAAUCGACCGCGCGCCGGGGGAGAACCCCGACCCACCUAGCGCUUACUGCGAAGUCCACCUAAACGACAAGUACGUGUUCCGGACACGGACGAAGCGAGUGAAUCCCCAGCCGUACUUCAACGCGUUGAGCGAGCGGUUCAUCCGCGAUUGGCGGCAGGCGCGCAUCAAGUUUGUCGUUAAGGACGAGCGAGACCGGGAGCACGACCCAAUCAUCGGGGUCGUGAGCCUGCGUGUCCGAGACGUGUUGGCGGACCGCGCGCAGAUUACCCGUUGGUUCCCCAUACUUGGAGGGCUGGGCUUCGGCAAGCUCCGCAUCUCGCUCCUCUUCAAGCCCAUCGACAUCAAGCUUCCACGCGGCGUAAGCUCGUAUGAGGCGUGCACAUUCGACAUCGCGAGCCUGCAAACCACCGACCUCUCAGAGGCACUGGGCAAAAUGCCGACUCUGGUCAUUGAAAGCGAGUAUGAUCAGGCGGUUUUCCAGCCUCCCGACGAAGAGGGAUAUGUCGAGGACGACGAGGGCGAUGGGGGUAGUCGCCCGCGAAGCUCCACCAUCACCAGCACGAACACGAAGCGUCUCUCCGAUCGCCCGUAUACAAUGCCGCAUGCUGACGGCGCGACCGUCGAGUGGGAGCUCCCCCAGCCAGUCCGCCUUGCCGUGCAGUACCGCCACAGCUGCAGCAUGGUGCUGAGCUUCGUGACGCGGCGGGUAUUGAAGAAGAAGCGUGUGCACGCCGUCGGCGUGCUGCCCCUCGCCAACGUACCCGACGAUGAGUUGACGCGCCGCACCGUGCCGAUUUUCGCGACGGCGAGCGUGCGCGACGCAGUACGCGCCAACGUGGCGUUCACGGAGUAUGUGUCGAUGGGCAUGCCGGCGCUCGCGGCAACCACGACCCUGGGCGGGAGCUCGGUACUGCCGGAAAACGUGCGCGUCAUCGGCUUCGUCAAGAUCGAGUUUGUGCUGCAUCCCGGUGUCAGCCGCGCGCACCGCAAGCUGUGCAAGCGCGACCUCAAGUUCAAGGCCGUGUACGACGCGUGGGAGGCGACGCGGCUCCUAGAGAACCCGGCGUCGCCAUCCGACGACGGCGAGAGUGAAUCCUCCGAUCUGGGGCUGAGCGACGACAACGACGACGAGAAGGCGAGCGGCAAGGAAGCAGCCGCGGCGAUGCGCGACGACGACACGCGCGCUAUGCUCCACGGACGGAGCCACGCCAAGGCCCUGCAUAAGCACAACAAGGGCAUUUUUCAGCUCAAGAUUGCGCGCACCGGCAAGUUUGUCAAGGACAAGGUGCAGGCACGCGUGCUCAGCACCACCGGUACGAAUCUGUCGCAGCGCCCACACGGCGCAGACGUCCACGUAGAGAAGGAGGGGGUCAGUAAGCUGGGUUAGUAUUCUAGAACUGGUUCUGGGGCCUUCGUGACAUUUUGUAGCACUAGUUCUUUGAGCGACGCAUGCAUGCGACAUUAGUCUGUCUAGUCGU